UCCCUCUCCCUCUCUCUCCCUCCCUCCCUCCCUCCCUCCCGGCAGUGCAUCCCCAUCCCCCACACAGUGACCGUCUCUUCGGGUGAAAGCUGUCUUCGUCUCCUCAGCGCAACUGGCCCCCGACAAAACGCUGCCGUAGCACAGCCAGUCCACAGCGAGCCGAGCCGAGCAGACACACGGGAGAGAGCACGUACGCACCACCGGAGAAUCUUGUUUCAUUUUCCUCAAUUCUUCGACCGAGUGACUUCGAUUUGCAUAUCCACUUCCACUCCUUCCUCAUUUGCAUACAGCAAGAAUGGCGAGCGGGCAUCCCACAGACAAAUUCAGUUUCAUGUAUCAACCAGACACGCACAAGAGUAAGAACAGAUUAUCUUCAGCUAUGAAUCCAGUCUACAGCCCCGUUCAGCCUGGAACCCCUUAUGGAAACCCUAAGAACAUGGCGUUCACAGGUUAUCCAGGAGGUUAUCCUGCCACGGCUCCCACCUAUACCCCCAACCUGUAUCAAACAGGCAGUCCUGGGUAUCCACCAGGUGAGCUCUGGCACACACCAUUUGAUGGCUUUGUUUAUCUAAAAAAAGGAUAUACUGCAGCAGGCACCCCGUACAAAGUGCCACCCACUCAGUCAAAUGGAGCACCCCCUCCCUACACCCCGACUCCCACCCCAUACCCGACAGCUAUGUACCCUAUCCGCAGUGCCUACCCACAGCAGAACAUAUAUGCACAGGGAGCAUAUUACACCCAGCCAGUGUAUGCGGCUCAGCCACAUGUGAUCCAUCACACCACUGUGGUGCAGCCCAAUAGCAUCCCCUCCACAGCCCUCUACCCUGCCCCGGUCCCUGUACCUAAUCCUCGCAACAACGGCAUGGCUGCCAUGGGAAUGGUAGCUGGGACAACCAUGGCGAUGAGUGCAGGGACCCUGCUGACAACGCCCCAGCACCCCCCGAUUGGAGCACACCCAGUUACUGUGCCAACCUACAGGCCCCAAGGGACACCUGGGUACAGCUACGUACCACCUCACUGGUAGAGCCCACCCAUCAUGUCUGGAGUCCACCAUCGUAUGCAACUGCUCAAAUCUUACACGGGCUCCCGCUGGUAACCACGGGAACUCCGCACCUGUCUGCAAGAACAAAACUAAAGUGCAACAGCCACUUUACUUUUAUUUUUAUUGUUAUUAUGCGACAUUCUCUUAACAUUCUUACAGAAGCUGCUUUUAUUUUUUAAAUUUUAUUUCUCUGUUCAUUUGCCAACCAGUCAUUACUUUAUUUUGUAUGUUUUUUUUGGGGUUUAUUUCUCAUUUUCUUUUGCUGUGUCUGUCAUUGGAACUCCAGCGGGACUCUUUGACCAAUCACGGGUGUCGGUCGCUCCUGUUUCUGUGUUGUGCUGGUGUGUGUGGUCCCGCCUGCUGCUGCUCAGUUGGCUGGAUAAUAUUGGGCACUUACUCCCUGUUAUCAUCUCCCAUCAUUCACUACAAAGACUUACUGACUUAUGCUGCCAAAUUUUCUAACGACUAGAUAUCAGCACAGGGUUUUACCAUAAUUAGGAUUUUUGGGGCGGGUUAUUUAAUUUUUCUUUCUUUUUACCACACUCAACUGGAUUGCUUAACUUUUCCUGUAGACUUCUUUUUUUCUACCUUGGCCCUUCCUUCCUCUUCAUCCUUUUUUUUUUAUCGUAUUCGUUUCAUUUUUAAAUCUUAGUUGUUCCAGCAUGUAGCUGUCUGUCCAGCAGUAGUGUGUCAGUCACCCUUGUCAUUUCGUCUCCAUGCCGACCAUCGCCCAACCAGCUGCGUGUCCCAGCCUGUCCACAUUAGCUUAGCACCUAGCACAUACAUAGGAAAACAUCACCUUCUUCAUGCUACAUACUAUGCAGGCUAGUAUGUUCUGACACAAAUGGAAUCUUAAUCUAGAGAACAUUUCGGGGUUGUUCUGGUCCUCAAGCUUUUUUAUUGUGGUUAAUGUAGGUUAACCCAUUAAGAAAAUGUAAAAUAUUUAUACUAACCGUGUCAACAGCAUGGAUGGUCACGCACACACACACAC